UUUUUAAUUCUAGUCAAAAUUUGGUUAAUUUAACUCGUCAAAAUUUAAAAGUGGAUCAAGUAACCGGAAUCAGAGGGAUUAUUUGAAAGUAGAUAUUUGUUAAUGUAUUAUGUUUGUUAAUGUAUUAUGUUCGCGUAAAAAGUUGUUUCAACUUUGAUAUUAAUCUCCGUGACAUCCAUUCUGUUAGAGGGGAUGUAACAAGGAAAGGAUGUAGCCCAGGUGGAAUCGAUGACUGUAUUUAAAACAAUCACAGUUGAUCUAUUCUGUUGGUGAACUAUACUAUGAUUCCAGGAAAUUCUUGCUGCUGUCACUGUGAAAAUGCAUAUGUUCACGCAUUGACAUUUAAGAGCUCUCAUAUAGUCAUAUUAUUUACAUGCUUGGACGCUGCUGCAAUAUCAGAGUUCAGAAACUGAGAUAUAAAUGAUCUUAAAUAUUAACUCAUGCAAGCCAUGACACCAGGAUGUAAGAAGCUUGCAGUUUAUUUUAUGAUAUAUAAAUAAAAACAAUGAAGCUUGAUAUUUGAAUUAGUAUGUCUAAUAGCAAUAGGGGCAAACUAGUUUUUGGAAUGAAGUGAAAUUGUAAAGUGGCUCCAAACGUGACAACAUUUAACCCGGAUCACAUUCACCUGGCUACAUAAUCCCCUGCCCCAGUGAACCACAAUGUGUCAUCUACUUGACUCACUUUCAUUCUCCCGAAGCUAGUAUGGAAAAUAGCAGGAAGGUUACAGUAAAAUCAUGGAAGAAAGGCCCUGCGAGAGGCAAAGGGGGACCUCUGAAUUCUACGUGUGAGUAUCGAGGGGUUCGACAGAGAACUUGGGGCAAAUGGGUUGCAGAAAUAAGGGAGCCAAUGAAGAGAAAUAGAAUCUGGUUGGGUUCUUUUUCCACGGCUGAAGAAGCAGCUAUGGCUUAUGACGAAGCUGCGAGGAGGUUAUACGGUCCAGAUACUCACCUCAAUUUACCCCAUUUGAGAAGCCACUUUAAUCCUUCAAACAAAUCACAGAAAUUUAAAUGUUUUCCUUCCAACAAGUUCAUCUCAUUGUUACCUUCCAGUGGGCUGCUGAAUCUGAGUGCUCAGCCAAGCGUUCAUGUCAUACAUCAGAGGCUCGAAGAACUUAAGAAGAAUGCUGCGUUUCCACAGUCAGCUUCAUCUAGUUCGUCCUCUAAUGACCCAAGAUAUGAAGCUUCCAUGGUGAGUGGCCAAUUCUCUUCAAACUAUACUGGAGCCAAGUGUAAAGAGGUUAACGAGGUUAACUUCCAUGCAGAUGUGUUGGGAAACCAUAGAGAGAAACCUCAGCUUGACCUUAAUGAGUUUCUUCAGCAAUUGGGCAUUAUUAGAGAAGAUGACCAGCCAGAUACAAGUGAGGUCUCUAGUAGCUUAACAGAACUCGAAAGUUCUUUACCGGAUUAUGAUGGACUUACACCAAAUGCCGACACUUGUUUCAACUGGGACAUGUCAAGUGAAGUGCAUCAGAUGCAAGAUCAUCGGGACACGUCAAGUGAAGAGCAUCAUAUGCAGGACCAUCAAAGAGGGGAUCUUAUCAACUUCCAACCUUAUAUCCCUGAAGAACUGAGCUGCCCUUCCUCUAUUUGGAACAUUUAAAGCUGAUCAGUGAUCACUUAUAUAGUCCUGAAGCAAGAAGCAAUCCUUGAAGAGAAAAUAAUAAUAUAGUGCUGCAUUGUUACAGUGAAAGAAAAUGUCAAAUUAACAUGUCAAUCCUAGAUGCCACAGCUGCUUACUAUUUUUGUGUUUGCUGAUAUGAUACAUUCCAUAAAAAAUGGUGCACCAAACAUCU